AUGGCGAGCAGCGUGGGGGGAGAUGCCGGGGAAGGGGAGUGGCUCAAGGUCGCCGAGCUGAGGGCCAUGGCGGGAGCCCAGGACCCGCAUGUCAAGGAGGUGGACAACCUGACGCUCCGGAGGUUCCUGCGCGCGCGUGGCCACGACGUGGGCAAGGCCUCGGCGAUGCUGCUCAAGUUCAUGGCGUGGAGGCGGGAGGCCGUGCCGGGGGGCGUCGGCGCCGUCAUGCCGGCGGAGCUGGUGCGGGCGGAGCCGUCGCGCGAGUUGGCCUCCAUGGGCGGGGUCGACCGCGCAGGCCGCCCCGUCCUGCUCGCCUUCCCGGCCAAGCACUUCUCCGCCAACCGGGACAUGGCCGGCUUCAAGCGGCUCGUUGUGUACCUGCUGGACAGUGUCUGCUCGAGGAUCCCACGGGGGCAGGACAAGUUCAUCGUCGUGGUGGACCUCAAGGGGUGGGGGUACGCCAACUGCGACGUGCGCGCGUACGUGGCGGCCAUCGAGAUCAUGCAGAGCUACUACCCGGAGCGGCUGGGCAAGGCGCUCAUGGUCCACGUGCCCUACAUCUUCAUGAAGGCCUGGAAGAUGGUGUACCCCUUCAUCGACGCGAACACCAGGGACAAGUUCGUGUUCGUGGACAACAAGAGCCUGGAGGGGGCGCUGCGGCGGGAGAUGGACGAGAGCCAGGUGCCGGAGAUGUACGGCGGGAAGCUGCCCGUUGCCCCCCUCACCGACGACUAG